AAUCGAACAAACAUGAUCCCUAAUAUGUAAAACGGUCUCUCUUCUUUUCUAUCCUAUCUUACUUACAUCCCUAAUUCUGUCGUUUGCGUUUCGGGGAUGCCUGUGGACGAGUUCGACGAUGGCCCACUGAUAGCCUCAACGCACUUUUACCUAGGGUCGCAUCGGAUUUCCGCAUCAUCUUCCGAGCGUCUCGAUGAUCGUCGAACUGCCUUUCGCUUAGCAUUUAAAUGCUCUGCUUGCCGUACGAUCCUGUACGGUCUCCUGCCAUGUCUUCCGCAGACAAUUCGGAUGUGGCUUAUUGAGCAUUGGCCUCAGUGGUGGUGCCUUCCUGGGAUUGUAAUUAUAGAGCAGAAAAAGAAUAAUAGGAACAUACUUUUCGAAAACGAGUUGCUUGCAUACGAGCGGCUAUGGACUUGCAAGGACAUCUGGUACUACGUUUAUAUGGCGUAGGACUUUAUGGCGGAAAACCUGCCGUGGUCCUUUCGGAGGUCCACGGCCGAACAUUUUAUGAAUGCAUAAUAGAUGACUGCUUUAGAGAUGGGGGGUUAAGGGCGAAAAUAACUGAUGUAGUCCGCUCUAUCUACGAGUCGAGGGUGAGCCAUGUAGACCUGAAAUCG